AUGCCGUCCAUGGCGGAGCAGGAGCUCUUCCUCCCUUCCACUCCUGGGAAGUUCAAGGACCGUUCCCACUCGAUGCACCGACAGUUCCACCGCUGCUUCGCCUCCACCAGCACCUUGUUCCUCUGGGCCCUCUUCCUCGUCGCUCUCACCGCCGCCUACCUCAGCUUCCGCUCCUUCGUCGACACCGGCGGCCGCUAUUUCUCCGCCACAUGGGGCGGCGGUCACUGGGAGCGCCAGGUCCGCUCCUCCGCUCAGAUCCGCCGCCACGGUGGCAUAUCCGUCCUCGUCACCGGCGCCGCCGGCUUCGUCGGCACGCACGUCUCCCUCGCCCUUCGGAGGCGCGGCGACGGCGUCGUUGGCCUAGACAACUUCAACAGCUACUACGACCCGUCCCUGAAGCGCGCCCGCCGCGGUCUCCUCGACGCGCAGGGUGUGUUCGUCGUGGAAGGGGACAUCAACGACGCGCGCCUCCUGGCCAAGCUCUUCGAUGUCGUGGCCUUCACGCACGUGAUGCACCUCGCCGCGCAGGCCGGCGUGCGGUACGCCAUGGAGAACCCCCACUCGUACGUGCACAGCAACAUCGCCGGCCUAGUCACGCUACUCGAGGCGUGCAAGAACGCUGACCCGCAGCCCGCCGUCGUGUGGGCGAGCUCCAGCUCUGUCUACGGGCUCAACGAGAAGGUCCCCUUCUCCGAAUCGGACCGGACCGACCAGCCCGCCUCCCUCUACGCCGCGACGAAAAAGGCCGGCGAGGAAAUCACCCACACGUACAAUCACAUCUACGGGCUCUCCAUCACCGGGCUGAGGUUCUUCACGGUGUACGGGCCGUGGGGCCGGCCGGACAUGGCCUACUUCUCCUUCACCCGCAACAUCCUCCAGGGGAAGCCCAUCACGGUCUACCGAGGCAAGAACCGGGUCGACCUGGCCCGGGACUUCACUUACAUCGACGACAUCGUGAAGGGUUGCGUCGGAUCGCUGGACACGGCUAAGAGGAGCACGGGCUCCGGCGGGAAGAAGCGGGGGCCCGCACAGUACCGGAUCUUCAACCUGGGCAACACGUCGCCGGUGACGGUGCCGAUGAUGGUGGGGAUUUUGGAGAAGCAUCUGAAGGUGAAGGCGAAGAAGCACUUGCUAGAGAUGCCCGGCAAUGGCGACGUGCCGUUCACCCACGCCAACAUCAGCUCGGCCCGAAAGGAAUUGGGCUACAAGCCCGGAACCGAUUUGCACACCGGGUUGAAAAAGUUUGUUAAAUGGUACUUAGCAUAUUACGGCUACAAUCACGGGAAAUCUGUAAAGUGA